AAGUUGUCAGAGUAGGAACUAAAGGUACGUUCUCUGACGUCGUAUCUAUGGUUUUUUGCGAAGCGUCACUGUUUUUACGAGGCGUACCACUAUUUUAGGUGGUUCUGUGCCAAUCUACAGUGCAACUUACUAUGUGCGGAAGUACGUGAAUGACGCUUGCAUGAUUUAAUGUGUUUUGUACAUAUUUUUUUCUGUGCACCUUGGCUUUGCUGAUGGCAUUCAUUCGUCACCAUCGUCACCAUUCUGCUCAUUCUGCACCCGCAGAAACAUCAUGGAGUAGCUAGUGGUGGUGAUACUAACAUUGUUAUACGCGCAUAAAAGCUCGCAUUUGCGAGACUAAUUAUUAAUGAAAAUGGCAUUAAGAACCCAGCAAGGGUUCGAAGAUGACGAUGACGAAGAUUUGAAAGCUUUGCGGCUGGCGGCUCUGCAAACGUUGAAAGCGAAGCCUACUUCUCCUCCCCAGAAUGCCCCCACACAGUGGGUCGCCCCUGUAAUUUCACCGCAGUCCGAAGCAUCAUCUCUUCCUCCAGUCGCUCAUCGGCCUAGAAAUGAUUACAAUAGAGGUGGAAUGCACAGAGGGAGGCAUAUGCGUAAUGGUCCGUUUAUACGUCAUAGAGUGAACCCGAAUCUCAUCGCAAUUGUUCCUAUUAAACAACCAUCUCCACCUCCCAAUAGUACAUCUGAUCAAUCCACUUGUAAAGUGGCAAAAUCAGCAUUGGUUGUGAAUUCAUCUUCCCCAAAACUCGUUCUGCCACAAGACAGAUAUUGUAAGACUGAAGAUGUAUCGAAGGAGAAAGAACCUGAAGUAUCGACCAAGUUUGACAGAUUCGAGCACUCGAGCUCCGAGUCGUCGGCAGAAGAGAGCGCCGAAGAGGAGGAGGAGGAGGCGGAAGAGAACGUGGGAGCUGGAGAGAAGGCGAUCAAGACGGAGGCGGAGGCUGCGGUGGCGGUGGCGGGCGCCAGCGACGCGGAGCCCGACCCCGACGUGUUGCUCGUCAAGGAUGAGGACGAGGACGACAGUCUCGAGAAGCUGAUGAACGAGAUGGAGGAAGAGAUGGCGACGGACGUCCUCCGACCGCGGGUCACCAUCACCUCGAAGGCGAAAGCGCGGAAGGAGGCGGCCGCGCCUGCCCCCACCCCCACCCUCGCGACCGACUCGGUCGCGGCUCCGGCCCAGGCGGGGCCCAAGCGCGCCGCCAGCGGCGCGCACAAGGAGAAGGCUCCAGAAGACCCGCGCGGCUGCGGGCGCGGUGCGGUGGAGGACCCAGGCAGGCCAAGCAAUUGCGCCCGAAAACCACUGCACCACACCUCUGCACCUCCGCGGGCGGCCGCGCGCCUUCGCCCGCCCCCUGCACCCACCGAGCGCCUGGGCCGUCCCGCAGUCAGCCCGCCCGCCGGCCAGGCGGCACUCACGAGCCGCCUCUCACCGCCCUGCACCCCGAUCUCCCGCCCACAGCCCCGCGCCUCGCCCCGUCGCCCCUGA